AUGGCUGCGAGUACCUCUGGUCCCCAAAUUUUCGACGAUGCGAGCCGAUCCCCUACCAAACAGUCCAUGUUCCGGGCCAUGAUGUCGUCCAAAACCCAUAAACGAGAUCAGUCGGCUGACGAUGCCGUGGCCCCGCGGCCUCUGCAGAGAAGCAAGCCAACCGAGAAUAUCCCUUUCUCAUUCGGCGGGGAGUCUGAUUCCAUUGCCAGCUACCGCCCGCUUAGUGAGAUUGUCCCCAACCGUGAUGCCAGCGACCACGGAGUAGCCACGCCGAAGAUGGGCAAGGACGGCAAAGGUGCCCUGCAUAAAAAGACUAAAAGCGCAGUCUCAUUGAAGUCUCUGAGAAAUUAUAUGGAGCGGAAGGACGGGAAAUCGGAGGAGACACCCGAGCAGAGUCAGGAUCUGUCGCCCAAAAAGGCAAAAUCAUCCAAUAGUCUUUCGGCCAUACUCAAAAGGUCCCAACGGGGAAGAAAGGAUGGCUCAAAACAGAGCCGCGAUAAGGAAAAUCGUAGUCCGACUGACCUGAUUGAUAAUAUGAAUAUGCCAUCCCCGGUUAUGUCAUCCCCGGUCUGGUCACAGGACUCAGCCUCGGGACACAAAGAACCUACUGGUCGAUCGAAGCCAGACUCGACCGCCGACAUGAGGCGAACCAUGGCGGACGAAGUCUCCCUCUAUACACCCAAGGGCUAUGGGCCAAGCCAGCAACGCAACUUCUAUGACUACCACCAACCCUCCCUCGCCAAAUCGAACGACACCAAGCCUCGCCCCAAGUCAGACAUUUUGACAGGAAACCGCAAAGUGAAGGACCUUCUUGGGUUGCAGCGCGCACCUUCGGGAGAGAGCAACCCUGUCGUGCGAUCUGACAAAGAGCCCAAGCGGCUUUCUCGUGUGCAGGCUGCUAUCUCGGUAUUCAACGCAAAGGAGCGAGAUGCUGAAGUGCAUCAGCAUCUGAACUCCAAGGAUCUCGAAAGCGAAUUCGAGAAGCUGCUGGAUGCGAGGAAUAUCCCUCAUAACAUGCGAGACAAGAUGCGCUCACUGGACACCAAUAUCAAGGCCGAUUUUAUCCAGAAAGAUCGGACGGAAAACAUCACCCCUCUCAGCGCUGGGACUGGUGAUAGCCGUCGAGGACGCGGGAAGGAAUCCAAGGAGGACUCCCAGCUUCAGGAUCGCAAAGGUUCCCGGUCACGAUCUAGGAGCCGCGGAUUCACUUUCACUAAAGGCCCCUCGUCACCUGGUAAGAAGUUGCGGCGCGAUAGCGAAGCAUCAAGCCGUCGUCCAAGGUCCGUGGACCUCUCUCAGCCUGUUGGUGUCUACACCACUCUCUCGGCCAAUGCUUCAACAGCGUCACUUGCUGACGCGGCCGCUGUCGAUACCGCAGCGGAUCCCUCCGACUUUGUGCAUUAUCUGAGAGAGAUUCAGAAACCUGAAAUGGUUGAAGUGGGAAAGAUGCACAAGCUGCGGCUUCUCUUGCGUAAUGAAACCGUGCAAUGGGUCAAUGACUUUAUCACUGAAGGAGGAAUGGAUGAGAUUGUACAGCUUCUCUACCGGAUUAUGAAGAUGACCUGGCGUGAGGACCAUGAGGACACCCUUUUACACGAGGCGUUGCUCUGCCUGAAGGCUCUGUGCACUACAUCUGUGGCUCUGGCACACCUCAGUGCCAUCGAGGAUCAGCUUUUCCCCGCUCUGCUACAUAUGCUCUUUGAUGAGGAAAAGAAGGGCCCCAGCGAGUUCACCACUCGAGGGAUCAUUGCAAACCUGCUGUUCACGCAGCUCUCUACCGCUCCUGCUGGUGAACCGGCGAUCAAGCGCGCCAAACAGAUUCUUUCGUAUUUGAAGGACCCUGCUCCACCAGUGGACAACCAGCCGCUGUCCUUCAUUGCCAAUAUUUACCAGUCACGACCCUAUAGAGUAUGGUGUAAGGAGGUCACCAAUGUAACUAAGGAGGUCUUCUGGAUUUUCCUUCAUCACCUAAAUGUGAUUCCCCUCCCCAAGUCGGAGGACCUUUUUGGCGACAAGACAUCAGUAGACACUCGUCCUUACAGCGAGCGUCACUUCCCUGUCCCUCGCCCUCCUGUUCCGGCUGCCCCAUACGUUGGAGGUGUUGAAUGGGAUGCGACUAACUAUCUUGCGGCACAUCUCGAUCUUGUGAACGGCCUGAUUGCCGUCCUACCCACCUCUGAAGAGCGAAACCAGCUUCGGGAUGAGCUCCGUGCCUCUGGUUUUGAGAAAGUCAUGGGUGGUAGCCUGCGUACUUGCAAGGAGAAGUUCUAUUCUUCUGUGCAUGACUGCCUGCGAACCUGGGUUGCAGCAGCAAUUGAUGAUGGCUGGCCUUAUACUUUUGUGCGCGAAGGCCCGCCCCGAGCAGGUGAGCAUGGCUCGCCGACUAAAUCCCCCAAGAAAUCCGCGCCGGGUAGUCCUAGAAAAGGCCUGGUCGAUGAACGGCCGCCCAGGCUGGAACUUGCUUUGGACUUCUCGGAUAACCGUUCAGCUGCUGGUCCGACUACCCCGUCGAGCGACCUACGCAGCUGGCUCUAG